AUGAGCUUGAGGGCGGCCGAAAAAGAUUCGGCUUCAGAAAUUCAUAUCCCAGCCGAUAUAGAUUGGCAUAUGCUUGACAAGUCCAAGUUUUUCUUUUUGGGUGCUGCUUUGUUUUCUGGUGUUUCAGCUGCUCUUUAUCCGAUUGUGGUCUUAAAAACCCGUCAACAAGUUUCACCCACUCAAAUUUCUUGCCUGAAGAUGUCUUGUGCUAUGAUGCGCCAUGAAGGUCCUAGAGGGUUUUACAGAGGUUUUGGUACCUCUCUCAUGGGAACCAUUCCUGCUAGAGCACUUUACAUGACAGCGCUUGAAGUUACCAAGAGUAAUGUUGGGACUGUAACUGUUAGAUUAGGCUUUUCAGAUACUACAGCGAUGGCUAUAGCUAAUGCUGCUGCAGGGUUGAGCUCAGCCAUGGCUGCCCAAUUAGUUUGGACCCCAAUUGAUGUUGUGAGCCAGAGACUUAUGGUUCAGGGCUGCAGCACCAGCAGCAAAAACAUCCUCCCCAAUGUGAGUUCCUAUAAGUAUAGCAAUGGUCUUGAUGCUUUCAGGAAAAUUGUACAUGCAGAUGGGCUGAGAGGAUUGUAUAGGGGAUUUGGGAUAUCAACACUGACUUAUGCACCGUCGAAUGCGGUUUGGUGGGCUUCGUACUCUGUUGCACAUAGGCUCAUUUGGGGUGGUUUUGGUUGCUAUAUGUGUAAGAAAGAUGAGAGUGGCUCAGCCAAUAGGCCUGAUUGCAGGGCAAUGCUGGCAGUGCAGGGGUUGAGCGCAGCCAUGGCUAGUGGGGUUUCUGCUUUGAUCACCAUGCCACUGGAUACCGUCAAGACCCGGCUGCAAGUUUUGGAUGCGGAAGAAAAUGGGCGAAGAAGACCACUGACCAUAAUGCAGACUGUGAGGAAUUUGGUGAGGGAAGGUGGGCUUGCUGCUUGUUACAGAGGGCUAGGGCCUAGGUGGGCUUCAAUGUCAAUGUCUGCUACAACCAUGGUCACUACUUAUGAGUUUCUCAAGCGGAUGUCGACUAAGAGCCAAGGGAGCUACCCUUCUUGA